GAUGAGAUAAAGCAAGAAGAAAACCGUUCAUGCAAUUAAUUAUUGUUCUUUUUUAGAAAGAAUCUACAUAUAAAAAAGGGAAAAAAUCAGGAAUAUUCUAAAAAGAGAAAAAUAUUACAACAAUACUGUGGGCCGGCCCAAUGAACAUUUGUACAGCCCAAAAGGAAAAUAUUACAAAAAUACCACUUGCCCUUACCUUCAGCCGCACGUCACAAAUGGAGAGGAUGAAUGAAGCUCCAUCGAUGCAGUCGGCCACGCAACCAUAAUGAAACCAGAUCGAACGUAAAACAGCUGUAAAUCCCGUCGAAUUUCAAUAGGAAACGAUCAAAUCCAACGAUCUAAACAUAAAUUUUUUUAAAAAAAGAGCAGGACAACCGUGGAGAAACUGAAAUUCAACAUUUGAUUUCGGUUUUUAUAGUGCAAUAUCACUCAAACGAGCGUCGAAAAUUCAGAUUGAAGCAAUGUAAAUCUGUAUUGAACAGAUCUGGAGCUCCCCCUCAAAUCCAAAAAAAAAGAAAUCAUGAAGAAGUGUUAUAUGACAAGUACCAAGAGCUAGCAUAUAUACAAGGUAAGAUUUAUGUUAAUGGUAGCAAAUUAGUUUUAUAAUAGUUGUAAAUCGAUCUGAUUCGAAUAAACAUGAUGAAAAAUGACAAUGAGUAAGAACUAUGUAAUUUUGGGGAUAUAAUUGUGGUUUUUCAGUUGGUUUACAGUUGCAUAAUCAUAUAAUAAUAGUUUCAUUACGUUUUUUGCAGGAAUUUAUUGUGGAAAAGAUAGAGGACAGAACAGUUUGAGAAAUGGAAUCAGGACAGGAAAUACAAUGCUUGAACAAAGGAACAGAGAUAGAAGAAAGGAAAGACAUUCCAUUCCUAGUCUUCUACAAUGGAAAAUUCGAUGAUCGAAUGAAUUAUGAAAAUUAUGAAGCCAGUGGACACUACAUUUCUGCCAAUUGUAACUAUGAAGAUUUGCAACAGAAACUCAAAGAUGCCCUGGAAUGCAACCAAGAAAACACUGUUUUGCAACUGAAAUAUCAAGUGAAGGAAGGAUACCAACCAUUGAGGAUAAAGGAUGAUCAAAGCCUGCAUUUCUACAUACAACUCAAACUGAAAGACCCCGACUUCACAACAUACCCAAUGUGUGUGAAUGUCAUCAACAACCCAACAACAACCAUCGAUGCAUCAUUCUUUGGAAAUGACAAUUCAUUAAUUACACAUAGAAGCGCCUUCCAACCAAUCGAAUACAAUGCAGCAACAACAGAAGACUCAACAAAUCAACAACAUAUAAUUGAAGCAACGAUCGGAAUUUGGGGAAGAAAGUUUUGA